CAUGGAAACAGUAGCUAAAGAAGCCGUAGCCAAGACUGUGACUCUUAACAGUGGUCACACUAUGCCUACUUUUGGUCUCGGAGUCUUUGAUGUCAAAGACCAAGGAGUAAUCACUGAUAGUAUUGUAGAAUUUGGAUACAGACAUAUCGACACAGCAAAAGUUUAUGGAAAUGAAGAACUUGUUGGGAAAGCCAUCGCAGAUGCUAUCAAGGCUGGAGUCCCAAGAGAGGAACUCUUCAUCACAACCAAACUCUGGAGAACUGAGUACUCAGACCCAGUCCAAGCCUGCAAAGAUAGCUUAGAGAGAUUAAACCUUGAUUAUGUAGAUAUGUAUCUAAUUCAUUGGUCCAUUCCUGAACUUGAAAGUGACCAGAAAACUAUCAAGAAGACUCCAAUGCAUAAGGUAUGGGAAGGAAUGGAAGCUUGUGUUGAACAAGGAUUGACUAAAUCUAUUGGAAUCUCAAACUUUAACGUCCAAUUGAUGGUGGAUAUGCUUGCUUAUGCUAACAUUCCUCCAGCUUGUAACCAAGUCGAAUUGCAACCAUACUACCAGCAAGAAGGAUUCAGAAAAUUCUGCAAAAACUACGAUAUUGCAGUUGUUGCUUACUCUCCUUUAAGUGCUCCUGCUAGACCUGUUGGAGGUGAAUGCAGAAACGUUCUGGAGGAUCCAACCAUCAAAGAGAUUGCCGACACUCAUGGAAAAUCUCCUGCUCAGAUCGCUCUAGCUUGGAAUCUACAACUAGGAAACACUGUGAUCCCAAAGACCAACACUGCCAAAAGAGCUGGAGAGAACAUUGAAGCUACCACCAUUACCUUAUCAGAAGAGGAAGUGGAGAAGAUUAGCACUCUUGAAGCAAACGAGAAGGUAUAUGAUCCAAAGGAUUGGGAAUCUUUCGGUAAAAUCCCUGCAUUCUGAUAAUUCUUUCAUUGUUAAUCUCAACGAAC